UACUACCCUCUUUGCAAACCCUCUACGCAAACCCUUACCUUUUCCCUCUCCUUUUCUCUCUCUUUUUACUCAGUAUACCCACUCCUUCUGCCUUAUACUGGCUCUCCCAACCAUGGAAGCUUUCAGCUUGCUCAAGUACUGGCGAGGCGGUGGUGCUGUAUAUGGCACCCCUCUUCCUAAUUGCCCCGACACUCCUGAUUCUGCUAAAAUGCGCACCCCCACCACCACUUCACCCACCACCACAAUCCUCACCGCCGUCGCCCAAAAUGACGACGAAGACACCGACGACGAUGACGGCCCUUUCUUCGACUUGGAGUUUGCCGUCCCUGACGAAGACGAAGCGGCCGCUGCCCAAACCUACCAGCCCUGUGGAAACGGAGAUUGUACGGACGACAGCGACGAGGAGGCCCGACUAGAAGAUGACGAUGGCGAUGACGAGUCUGACGAUUGUGAAGAUGGAGAGGGGGAGUUCAACUUCACUGUCUCUUCUGGGUCGAGCCAGGACCGUACGGACGACCCGAAUCUGACUCUCUCUCCCUCCGACGACUUGUUCUUCAAAGGGAAGCUUGUGCCCAUCGAGCCGUCGUCGAUUGAGUUCAACCCAUCUGAAGAAUCCAACUCCAAGCCCCAAUUCGCCGGCUCAUUGUUGAAAUCGGCCACCAAGUUUCGUGUUUUCAUGCUGGGUUUGAAGAAAUCGAAGUCGAAUUCAAACGCGUCGGAAAAACCAGAGAAAACGGAGCCGCCGGCUGUGGAAUCUGUUGCGGCGGUAGCGAAAGAAGCGCCUCAAAAAACCCAGGAAAAACCACUGGAAGAGGAACCGCCGCAAAAGCAGAAACAGCAGGGGAAGCUUUUCACGGUGAAAUUCAAGGUGGAGGAGGUCCCCAUUGUGUCUUUGUUUACAAGAGACAAUAGCUCGAGAAUAUCAACAGCUAAAAAGUCGCAGACGACCCAGGAGAAGCCGCCGCCGGUAAGCGCUUCUGAAGAAUCGGCUUCUGAGGAAAAGCGCUUUUCCAAAGAGGUAAUGCAAAAGUACUUGAAAAUGGUUAAGCCGCUCUAUGUUCGCGUUUCAAAGAGGUACGGCGAGAAGCUUAGACUGUCCGGGCAGCUCAGCUUGAACGGCUCGACAGCGGCGGCUUCAAAUCCGGCGGCUGUGGCUGAGAAGACCCAACCGGAAGCAGAAGUGUCGGAGCCCCCUCCGGCGACAGCGAGCAAUGCGAAGAGUGGUCAGAAACAGGGGAAUAUCCCGGCUGGACUGAGAGUGGUCUGCAAGCACUUGGGGAAGAGCCGGUCGGCUUCUUCCGCCGUAGCGGCGGCUCCAUCAGGCGCCGUGGUCGCGCAGAGGAGGGAUGAUUCGCUGCUUCAGCAGCAGGACGGAAUCCAAAGCGCCAUCCUGCAUUGCAAGCGUUCCUUCAAUGCCUCCCGAGAUUCGGACACUAACCUGCUGUCUCGGUCAGUGAGCGAUCCCUCGAACGAAAAAAAGGUCAGUUGAGAUGUCACGCAAGUCGUCGGAUCAAGGCAAAGGAGGUGUGCUUUAACGGCCGAGAUCUUUUUCCGCAUGCUUUUUUGGCGGGAAAUGGGGGGAGUGGUCAAGUCAAUGUUGCUGUUUGUUAAUGAUGCUCAAAUCAAAGAAGGCCUAAAGGGACAGUGGCCAGGUUUUCUUGUUAAUUAUUGUAAAUUGCUUUUAGAAAAAGCCAGAAAGAUGGAGUAGGAGGAGAUGUCUGUAGAAACUAGUAGUUUUGUUCUUGCAAGUUCUAUGAGCUUUAGCUUAAUUUUGUGUUAGUGAUAAUUAAUCACAAAACCCAAGUCAUUCUGUUAAUAUUGUAGCCUAAUCUUUUAGUGAUAUGCAUUAUAAUAUUGUAGCCUAA